CUGGACUCCACCAAAUGCUCACCAGGCCUCCACAUCCACACACACCCUCACACUGAGAAAGACAGGAGAGAGAGAAAAGAAAGAGGAAAGACGGAGAGCGUGGCUGGUACGUGGUGCAGUGAGGCACAAGCCAUCCAGGGACAAUGACAGACCAACAAGUAACCCCAGAGCAACUGCCAGCAGACAAGGGCCAAGGAGGUGCUGGAGCCACAUAUAAGUUGGCCUUUUUUGAGUAUGAGAACUUCCGUGGAAAAAAAGUGGAGUUGUCUGGAGAGUGUACAGAUGCAUUUGAAAAGACAGAGAGAAUUGGUUCAAUCAUUGUGGAGUCAGGACCAUGGGUGGGGUUUGAGCGUCCAGGUUUUGCAGGAGAGCAGUUUGUGCUGGAGAAAGGAGAGUAUCCUCGGUGGAGCACCUGGACCAACAGCCAGAGUAGCUACAGCCUGAGCUCAUUCAAGCCUCUGAAAGUGGACAGUGAAGAUCAUAAGCUGCACCUGUUUGAGAAUGCAGGCUUUGAGGGUAGAAAGAUGGAGAUUGUUGAUGAAGACGUCCCCAGUCUGUGGGCUCAUGGUUUCCAGGACCGCGUGGCCAGUGUUAAGGCUAUCAAUGGAACGUGGGUGGGAUACAUGUAUCCAGGCUACAGAGGGCGUCAGUAUGUGUUUGAGAAUGGAGAAUUCAAGCACUGGAACGACUGGGGAGCCACUGCACCUCAUAUCCAGUCCGUCCGACGUAUACGAGACAUGCAGUGGCACAAGAGAGGGUGCUAUGUUCCCCCUGCCCCUACACCUACACCUACACCUCCCAACCCCACUCCCGCUCCUACUCCCGCCACCAAUCCUAUCCCUAAACCCGUCCCUAAUCCUACUGCCAACACCAAUUUAGCCCAAACUCAAACCCAACCUUAAAACAGCAACUCCAGCACCUCCUACACCAACUGGGCAGGCUAAAGGCAGUCAGCCAGUCCUCAGUCUCUUCACUACGCCCCGUGUUAGCCUAGAAUAUCUGAACAUGCAAUUUUGGAAAACUGGAGCUGACAAUAAAAUAUGUAAAUCUGUUGGAAAUAAAGGUUUUGGUCCUGA